AUGACGACCGCUUCCACACCUAAUGGCGCCAACGGCAAGCAGGCGACGUUGUCUGCUAACGACAACAUCCGCCGCUUCGCUGCUCCUAGCCGACCUCUGAGCCCCCUCCCUUCCCACGCCCUCUUCCACAACAAGACCCGAUGCUUCGUCUACGGUCUCCAACCACGUGCCGUCCAGGGCAUGCUCGAUUUCGACUUCAUUUGCAAGCGAUCGACUCCCUCGGUAGCGGGCAUCAUCUACACCUUCGGCGGUCAAUUCGUUAGCAAGAUGUACUGGGGAACGAGCGAAACUCUGCUUCCCGUCUACCAGGAGGUCUCUAAGGCCAUGGCUAAGCACCCCGAGGUCGAUGUCGUAGUCAACUUCGCCUCCUCUAGGAGUGUGUACAGCUCCACCAUGGAGCUUAUGGAAUACCCCCAGAUUAAGACUAUCGCCAUUAUUGCAGAGGGUGUGCCUGAGCGCCGUGCCCGUGAGAUUGCUCAUGUUGCGCAACAGAAGGGUGUCACCAUUAUUGGUCCUGCCACCGUCGGUGGUAUCAAGCCUGGCUGCUUCAAGAUCGGAAACACUGGUGGUAUGAUGGACAAUAUUGUUGCCUCCAAACUUUACCGGAGGGGCUCCGUCGGCUACGUCUCCAAGUCCGGUGGUAUGUCGAACGAGCUGAACAACAUCAUCUCCCAGAACACCGACGGUGUCUACGAGGGUGUUGCCAUCGGUGGCGAUCGGUACCCCGGUACCACUUUUAUCGAUCAUAUGCUCCGCUACCAAGCUGACCCCGAUUGCAAGAUCCUCCUGCUUCUCGGUGAGGUUGGUGGUGUAGAGGAGUACAAGGUCAUUGAUGCCGUUGAGCAGGGUAUCAUCACCAAGCCCAUUGUCGCCUGGGCUAUUGGUACCUGCGCGAGCAUGUUCAAGACUGAGGUUCAGUUCGGUCACGCUGGUGCCUUUGCCAACUCCCAGCUCGAGACUGCCGCCACGAAGAACAAAAUGAUGAAGGAAGCUGGAUUUUACGUGCCCAAGACCUUCGAGGACCUUCCCGACCUCCUCAAGUCCGUGUACGACAAGCUCGUCAAGGACAAGGUCAUCAUUCCUCAGCCCGAACCCGCUGUGCCCAAGAUCCCCAUUGACUACUCGUGGGCUCAGGAGCUCGGCCUUGUCAGGAAGCCCGCCGCUUUCAUCUCCACUAUUUCCGAUGACCGUGGCCAGGAGCUCCUGUAUGCCGGCAUGCCCAUCUCGGAUGUUUUCAGGGAGGAUAUUGGUAUCGGAGGUGUCAUGUCGCUCCUCUGGUUCAGGCGUCGCCUCCCCGACUACGCCUCUAAGUUCCUUGAGAUGGUUCUCAUGCUUACCGCUGAUCACGGUCCCGCCGUGUCCGGCGCUAUGAAUACCAUCAUCACCACUCGUGCCGGCAAGGACCUUAUCAGCGCCCUCGUCAGCGGUCUCUUGACCAUUGGCUCCCGCUUCGGUGGUGCGCUGGACGGUGCCGCCGAAGAGUUCACCAAGGCCUUCGACAAGGGUCUCAGCCCCCGUGAGUUCGUCGACAGCAUGAGGAAGCAGAACAAGCUCAUCCCUGGUAUUGGCCACCGUGUCAAGUCUCGAAACAACCCCGAUCUCCGCGUGGAGCUCGUCAAGGAGUACGUCAAGGCGAAGUUCCCUUCGCACAAGAUGCUCGAGUACGCUCUUGCUGUAGAGACGGUGACGACAUCUAAGAAGGACAACCUCAUUCUCAACGUCGACGGCUGCAUUGCCGUGUGCUUCGUUGACCUACUCAGGAACUGCGGUGCCUUCUCCGCCGAGGAGGCCGAGGACUACCUCCGCAUGGGUGUCCUUAACGGUCUCUUCGUUCUCGGUCGCAGCAUUGGUCUCAUUGCCCACUACCUCGACCAGAAGAGGCUGCGCACUGGCCUCUACCGUCAUCCUUGGGAUGACAUCACCUACCUCCUCCCCAACCUCAAGUCUGGUCCUCCUGGAAAUGAGGGUAGGGUCGAAGUCCAGAUGUAG